GCUACCUGAUCGUGCAGCUCAUUGUGUCCCUGGAGCCUGGCUGAGCUGGAGGUGGUCUCUGUCACGCCACGGAGGGGUAUAAGAGAGGACUCUGCUAGCUGCCUGCAAGACACCAUGCUCUCCCACAGCCGCCUCCUCCUCGUCUGUGCUGCCUGCGUGGCUCUCAGGAGCUCUGCCACGCCAGUCGGCUCUUUUGCAGAUGAAGAGCGACUGCCCAAGUUCUGGUACGAUUUGUCAAAGGAGCGUCUGCAGAGGAGUCUCGAUCACCAGGAUUCGACUGAGACUGCGAAAAACCUGGUCCUCUUCAUUGGUGAUGGUAUGGGUUUGAACACGAUCACAGCGACCCGAAUCCUAAAGGGACAGUUGGGAGGGAAGAGUGGGGAGGAAUACUCUCUGGCCAUGGACUCCUUUCCACACACCUCUCUCUCCAAGACGUACUGCACGGACUCCCAGAUCGCUGACAGUACCUGCGCUGCCACAGCUUUCCUGUGCGGAGUGAAAACCAACAAGUUCACCGUGGGGCUCAGUGCCAAUGCCACCUACGACCGGUGCAACACCACGGCCGGCAACGAGGUCUCCUCCAUACUGCGCUGGGCCAAGGAGGCAGGUAAGUCUGUGGGUCUGGUCACCACCACCAUCGUCCAGCACGCCACCCCGGCUCCUGCGUACGCGCACUGUGUGAACCGCUACUGGUACUCCGACUCCAGCAUCCCUGAGGCUCAACGGGGGCACGGCUGCACCGACAUCGCCCACCAGCUCGUCCACAACAUCCCCGACAUCGAGGUGAUCAUGGGUGGAGGUCGGAAGUACAUGACUCCCCAAUCGACCCCUGACCCAGAGUACCCAACUGAUCCCAACUCUCAGGGCAGGCGAUUGGACGGGGUGAAUUUGAUUGACAAGUGGAAGGAGCUGAAACCAGGGAAGAGGGCAGUGUACGUGUGGCACAAGACCGCGCUGGACAAGGUGGAUCCAGAGCAGACAGACUACUUGAUGGGUCUCUUCGAGCCGGGGGACAUGCAGUACGAGCUGUCCCGGAACAGCAGCACAGACCCGUCCAUCACAGACAUGGUGGACAAGGCCAUCCGGGUCCUGCGCAGGAACCCCCAGGGCUUCUUCUUGCUGGUGGAGGGAGGGAAGAUCGAUGUGGGGCAUCACUAUGGGAAGGCCAGACUGGCUCUGUACGAGACCAUGCUGAUGGACGAGGCUGUGGCGCGGGCAAGAGAGCUGACCAAUGACCGCGAGACACUGACCGUGGUGUCAGCUGACCACUCGCACACGCUCACCCUGGGGGGCUAUACUGACCGCGGGAAUCCCAUAUUCGGUUUUGCCCCGCAGCAGAGUGAUGUGGAUGGUAUGAUCUACACCUCUCUGCUCUACGCUAAUGGACCAGGAUACCGCCUAGCCAAUGGGAGCCGAGCUGAUCCACGCAACGACAGCACCUACAACAAGGACUACAUGCAGCAGAGCGCGGUGCCCCUGACCCAGGAGACGCACGCCGGGGAGGAUGUGCCGGUGUUUGCCCGCGGUCCCUGGUCUCACCUCUUCAAAGGCACCAACGAGGACACCUUUAUCGCCCACGCCAUGGCGUACGCUGCCUGCCUGGGACCCUUCGCCACCCGCUGCAGCCAGACCUCCACCCUGCUCCCCAAACCAACCACCCCCAAGAAGCCAGCCUCCAGGGCAGCUCCCAACCUCACAGCACCCGGCCCCAGAGUCCUGCUGCUGCUGCUGCUGCUGCUGUACUGCGCAGAGGCAUUGUGACAUCACCACAGCAACGUUCCGCUCCUCUGUCCUUUUACUUUCUCAUUUUACAGUAAAAUGUUCAGUUAAUGCACAAAAUAGAGACAUUGAUUCUAUUUAAGUUAGAUACAUAUUAUAUAUACACACUCGUUGUAAUGGACAUAAAUAGACAUGUAGUAAAGUUCUGUGCAUGUUCAGACCUUGGUUGCUCACGCAGGUAUAUUUUCAUGUCGCAUUGAAUGAUGCGUUUCUAGUUUCGCUGGGUCCUGUACAAAGUGUUCAGUUUGAAGAAUGCUCAGGGUUACUCUGAGCUCGUUCACUUGUUUACUGUAGUUCUGUAUUGGGUUUUAGUGCCAUCCAUCACUAUGAAACAAUCAACAGUCCUACAUUUAGAAAUACUUCAUAAAUACCCGAUAAACUCAUUCAUCUAGUUUAUUUUAUUGUUUCUGAAUGCAUUAGUGUUGCUUCAGCUGACACAGAGCCUGCUUGUUCUGUGUUUUAUUAUUUUACAUUUCUACAAUUUCUCACAUGCUUAACUGUUCUCAUUAAACACAUUAAACAUUCUUUCCAAUAAAUCAAGUGUUUGUUUUUUUGCGCUGGAGCAAAGUCUUUGGGAACCCUUCCACACACAUGUAUAGAUGUAUAGAUGUGCUGAACCUUGAAGUCUGGCCCACAUCGUAGCCCCAGGGCCAGAGUCCUGUGCAGAGUGAUUGUGGAAAAACAUGCUGAAGGUCGGUGCUGUUAUCGGGGGUGUAAACGUC